GGUAGUAUCAGUAGAGAUGUUGUUUUACUUUCACUCUUGAAAUUAAAAUUGCGAUAUGAUUCUUUCUCGUGUAUUAAAUAAAAAUAGAUCGUAAUAUAAGUGUUUGUCGAUCAUCGCAUGAGAAGUACAAAUGUAAUUCAUCAGUCAUGUUGCCAGGGAUUGGCAUUUUUGGGACUGGAAAAAUUGUCUAUGUAUUGGUUCCUUGCUUCCGUACGCGUGGGUUCAGGGUCGAAGCGAUAUGGGGUCGUACCCAAGAGGAUGCUGAGAAAGUGGCUGAACAAUUAGACAUACCGUUUUCUACGAAUAAAGUAGAUGAAGUGUUGUUACGUAAAGAUGUGGAUUUAGUAUGUAUUGUAUGUUCUCCUCAUCUUCAUUCGCAAAUUACAGUGAAAGCACUAGGAAUUGGAAAACAUGUUUUAUGUGAUAAGCCUGCUGGACUAAGUCAAAAUGAAGUGUUAAAGAUGGUUAGAGCUGCCCAGUAUUAUCCAUCACUUAUAUCUGUUUUAUGUCAUAGCCUCAGAUUUUUGCCAGUAUUUAUUCAAAUGAAAAAGGCUAUAGAUGAAGGGUAUAUUGGUGAAAUUACUGUAUGUGAUAUUCGUGUUCAGUGUGGUAGCCUUUUGCACAAACAGUAUGACUGGAUGUGUGAGGAAGUAAUGGGUGGAGGCAUCUUGACGAAUGUAGGAAGCCACAUAAUAGAUGUUAUAUGUUACUUAACAAGCAAAAGAGCUGUAAAAGUUCAUGGGAUGAUCCGCACUUAUACCAAAACUACUGAACACAUCCAUGGAAUUCGACAGAUAAGUAGUGAUGACUUCUGUACAUUCCAGAUGGAACUAGAAGGAGGAUCAUGCUCCACUGUAACUUUGAACAACCAUCUUCCGGGCCAGUUUAACCAAGAAGUCCUUGUAUGUGGCACAAAGGGACAUGUUGCUGUUAGAGGAGGAGACCUGUAUGGUCAGAAAAAAGGCUCCGUCAAGGAAGAUGUUCUUUUUCUUGAUGUUGAAGACCUGAAAUAUUCACCAAAGUGCAUGAAAGGUGCUUCAUCAUCAUCAUUAUUAGCAGAAACCCCAGAUGGACUCAACACAAACAACAUGAGUUUUAUUUUGCCAAAGCUCUACUUGAAAGGGUUUGUUAAAAUAGUAAGUGCAUUGAGAGAAGCUUUUAUAUCGGUUCAGGACAAACAGUGUUGGGUGAAAGAACCUGUUGCAAUGGCAGCAACAUUUGAAGAUGGCCAGUACAUUCAAGCAGUUAUUGAUGCUCUCAGAAAAUCAUCUAAAAACAAAGAAUGGGUGAAAGUUGAAAUGCUUACAGAAGAAAUACCAGAUUCAUAUCUUCCACUCGGUGAAAGACAAGCAUCAUUCUAGUAUGUUUGCUUCAUUUGCAUUAUGAGGGACCUCAGUGGAUCAGAUGGUCUGCUGUCAUCAUACACAUUGUUCUAAUAUGUUAAGAGCUUUGUUUUUGUUUUCCUAAUUGUACAAUUUAUUUGUACUGUAAUGUACAUUUGAAUGUCUCAGAAUGAAACAUGAUAAAGGUUAUUACUUUUAAGUCAUAUUUGAAUUUGAAGAAUCUGUAUAGAACCACAAUCAUAUUCAAUAUUAUUUUUAAAAUAUUUAAGUAUGUGAAAAAAAACAAUAAUUAGUUACAACAUGUGUGAGUGCUCAGAAAGUAAAGUGAAAUAAAAAGUUUUAAGGCAGUGACAGUCAAAGAAAGUACCAGAAGCUUUGUUAUACAGUGGUACACCUAAAAUUAAAGUGCCAUGAUGAAAUAUCUUUGAUGAUUAUAUUGAAGUUUAACCAAUUUUACUUUUGUUGUUUUUUUUUGCCAACAUUAUUGUCUUUGUCCUUAAGCAAUUUUUUUACCUCUGAUUUUGUGCGCUACUAGGCAGCUGGCUUGCCAUUUACAGUGCACUCUAGUUUGUCUUCCUUUCACAUGUGAAGAGUACAGCAUGUAUGUGCAGCAUGUAUUUUGUGAAAAUUAUUGAUUUAUAAAACAUUGUAUAGUCACUAAAUAUGUGUAAAAGUAUACACUUCAAUGUAAAUAUAAAGAUUUGUUGGUACUGAAAAAGAAAUAUUUUUACUUUUUUUUGUCAUUAAAGACAUCUGUCUGUAAGUUACGUACACAUGCUUUUCCCAAAAUAAACCACAGUUACACUUCAGAUAACACAGAAUAAAGUGUAAUUUGCUAGUGUAAUUCAAGAUUUUGCUACUGUAAUGAAUUGUCAGAGAGGAAGCUAUAAAAAUCUUGUCAUGAAAGAAACUCCUAGUACCAAACACUCUUUGAUUGUGCCAUGAUAGGCAUUGCAUAAUUUAUUGGGUUAUGUAGACAUGAAAAAAAGCUUAACAGAAAAAGUAAGACUUAUAUGCUACUUGGGGUAUGAACUGUGGUGAAGAUGGGGUUCAUGAACAUAAGUUAGGAGCAUUCACAGCAUCAUAAAAAUACCAAAAUUAGCCAUGUUUGUAUGAAAUAAAAUGUUUUAUGAGGUUGUGUUUAAUAUUUUUUAGAUUAUGCUGUACAUAAAAAGUUCACUACAGUAAUAUAACAGUCAUAAAGUUAUUUAUAAUGAAUAUGUAGGGCAUUUUUAUUGCCUUACAUUUUGAGCUUUGCGAUUGCUAAACUCCAUGAAAAUUUACCAGGGAUUAGACCAUGUAUACAUGCAUGCAAGAUCUAUCACAUUUUCUUGUCACUUAAUUUUUACUUAAUGUUCAUAUCUUAUAUGAACAUGCAACCUGUAUGUUUUUGGCUGAGUGGCACAGUUUGCUGAGUUAGUUUUCAUGUCUGUUUUUACUUCUUAAGGAAGACAGAAAAAGAGAACUGGAAGCCUAAAAUUUCUAUGCCAAAUACCAACUUGUCACUAUACCUCUAGAUUCACAUUUACUGCCAUAAUGAAUGUUACUUCUGUAAUUUAAAAAUUAAUUUCACAGAUAUUGUUAUACUUUAAUUUUAUACAAAUAAAUGAUUAAGUAAUUUGA